GUUAUCAUUGUUGCAUAGUGUUCGUUUACUCGUUACUUCGUUAAUGCAGUACAGCAAUACUAAUAAUACUAAUAAUACUAACAGCAGCAGGGCGUCGUUCACACGCUAGAACUGUUUCAUGUCGUUCACAGAAGCUCAUUAUUUAACAAAACAUAAGGCUAGAAGCGAGUUAGCUGAAGGAAAACAAGGAAGACAAGCAAAGUGAGAGACAUGACCUCUCGAAUAGAAUGUAUAUUUUUCAGUGAGUUUCACCCAACUCUGGGCCCAAAGAUAACAUAUCAGGUGCCAGAGGAAUACAUCUCACGGGAGCUCUUUGACACCGUUCAAGUGUACAUCAUAACAAAGCCAGAGCUCCAAAACAAAUUAAUCACUGUCACCGCUAUGGGGAAAAAGUUGAUCGGGUGUCCGGUGUGCAUUGAACAUAAGAAGUACAGCCGAAACGCCCUUCUGUUCAACCUGGGCCUUGUCUGCGAUGCUCAAACCAACACGUGUGCCCUCGAGCCGAUUGUGAAGAAGCUGUCUGGAUACCUCACCACUCUGGAGCUGGAGAGCGGCUUCAUUUCCAACGAGGAGAGCAAGCAGAAACUUUUACCCAUUAUGUCAACCUUAAUGGAGGAGCUUAACGCUACAGGAGCCUGUACUUUACCGAUUGACGACUCAAAUACCAUCCACCUCAAAUUAAUCCAGCUGCACAAGGACCCCCCAAUCGUUCAGGAGUAUGAUGUUCCGGUGUUUACCCAAUGUAAAGAGCAUUUUAUCAAAUCUCAGUGGGAUCUCACCACUCAGCAGAUCUUGCCCUGUAUUGAUGGAUUUAGACACAUCCAGAAGAUUUCGGCUGAAGCGGACGUUGAGCUGAAUCUAGUUCGUAUCGCUGUGCAGAAUCUCAUGUAUUAUGGUGUUGUGACUUUGGUGUCUAUAUUUCAGUAUUCUAAUGUUUACUGCACUACGCCCAAAGUCCAAAACCUCAUGGAUGACAAGUCUCUUCAGAUGGAGUGUUUAAACUACGUCACCAAGCAGGGUCAAAAGUGGGCCAGUCUGAGAGAUGUGUUCCAGCUGUACUGUGGUCUGAGUCCAGGAACCACAGUCCGAGACCUUUGUUCUCGUUACUCGCAGCAGCUUCAAAGGGUUGAUGAGAGGAGGUUAAUCCAGUUCGGACUGAUGAAGUCUCUCAUCCGGCGACUGCAAAAGUAUCCGGUGAAGGUGGUGCGGGAUGAGAGGAGCCGGCCGCCUCGACUCUUUACUGGUUGUCACAGUUACGAUGAGAUCUGCUGCAAAACAGGAAUCAGUUACCAGGAGCUGGACGAACGCUUGGAGAACGAUCCCAACAUCGUAGUGUGCUGGAAGUGAAAUGAAGUAAAACAAAAACAGAUCUGUGUUGUACGCACAGAGACGCCUUAACCAAAGAUGCCUUCAGUGAGAUGAAGAGAAGUCAAAGUGAAGCAGUAUGUUCCUUAUUUAACGUGUAGCUCAACAGUGGCGUGCACAGACAUUUUGGGGUGCAUGUGCCGACUGAAAAUAAGGGCCUCUUGUGCGGUAUGUGGAUCGGCUGUCUUGUUAUAGCAGUGGGAGAUUUAAACAUUACAGGCACUGUAAUAUGUAUUAUGGACCAAAUAAUAUAAUUAGCUAAUGAUUUAGUGCCGCCAAACCACUUUGUGUAGUUAAAAUUGUGUCGUUCAACUUUAAAAUCUGACUUUUAAAAGGCCCUAGACUUUAUUAGAAUUCUGACUUUAAAUAGAAUAAAGAAUAAAGUCAUAAUUCAAAUGUUUUUUUCCUCUGUGGCCCUAAUCCUCUUCUAUAUGAUCAUGUCAGCAUGGGCCACAUAGAACUAUCAAAACUUGGUCCAGAGGGCAAAGGGUAGGUGCUAUAGCACCACCUAGUGUCUACCUGUGCAUGCCACUGUAGCUCAACAAGAAAGAUUAUAUUUAUAAACGUUGGAUUAUGAAUAAAAUGAGUUGUAAAAUAAA